CACAUAUAAUAAAUCUUUACUCCUUAUAUCACCAUUACGUCAGUUACCUGUCUGUCAUGACCAAAUAUGGUGAUUUCAAYUUGGCUUCUCCCAAUGAUUGGCUCAAUUUUUUAUUUAUUCAAACAGCUGUUACCGAUUUGCGUCAUCRAUUUCCAAAUAUAUAUUCAUGAUAGUUUCGCGCAAAGAAAUGUUAAGAAUAUUCUAGUUUUUUUAAUUAAUUACCCCAAUCUUCUGUUAACCCUACUUAUAUUUAAAUGAAGGUCUAAUUAUCAAGAUUUUUUUCUGAUUUUGACACGGACCCUUUGGUAGGAACCGUGAUACUGAACCAAACAUAAAGUAUCAACCGAAGAAUUCAAGAAGCUAUAUAGUUAGUCCCUUGGUCCAUUAAAAUGGUACACUUAUGGUCACACACAUCAUCUCUUAUUCUCUAUUAUAACAAUAAAUUCUAGAUUUAAGAUUUAAUCAAAUAUAAUAUAAUAUUUCUAAGAAGAGCUAGAUGAGAGGCCAUGUUUUAUCAGUGAAGCCGUUUAUCAAGUAAGAUAGGAGCCGAAGGUCUUCGGCAGUUCGGAUUUCCGCUGGCUCAUAUUACGAAAGGCGUGCGGGCGUUUCAUGUUUUUGACCUAUCAAAAUAAAGAAUUUAUUUGGCGCGAAAAAUCAACCAAUCAGUCCAAAUUAGUUUGGCGCGCAGGAAGCUAGGCUGUGUUUGCGUUAUCAAGUGUAUGCUAGAUGUACUGUCUUCUCUGUCUUCCCCGGGGUGAUGUCUAAUUCCAUGGAGAAAUUUGAAAGAAUUGAGAAAAUUGGAGAGGGYACAUAUGGAGUCGUCUACAAAGCAAAAGACAAAACUAAUGGGGGAAUGGUUGCCUUGAAAAGRAUAAGACUUGACGCGGAAUCGGAGGGCGUUCCUAGCACAGCGAUAAGAGAAAUUUCACUUUUGAAAGAAUUAUCGCAUCCCAAUGUAGUCAGUUUGUUUGAYGUUGUACAAAGUGUCAACAGCCUUUAUUUAGUCUUUGAAUUCUUAACCCAAGACCUGAAGAAGUAUCUGGACUCUUUACCUGCUAGUGGUAUGCAACUACCACUUGUAAAAAGUUACUUAUACCAGUUGCUAAAUGGGAUAGCUUUUUGCCAUUCACACCGAAUACUCCAUCGAGAUUUAAAGCCACAGAACCUUUUGAUAGACAAGAAUGGAUCAAUCAAGCUGGCAGAUUUUGGUUUGGCUAGAGCAAUUGGUGUUCCAGUGAGGUCAUACACCCAUGAGGUGGUAACUCUAUGGUACAGAGCACCUGAGAUAUUGCUUGGAUGUCGUUAUUAUUCAACUCCWGUAGAUGUGUGGAGUAUUGGUUGCAUAUUUGCUGAAAUGAUUACAAGGAGAGCACUAUUCCCGGGGGAUUCUGAAAUUGACCAGUUGUUUAGAAUAUUCAGAACUCUUGGGACACCAGACAAUGAUAUCUGGCCUGGUGUGUCAGAACUGCCAGAUUACAAAACUACUUUUCCUAAGUGGCCAGUACAGUCACUAGAAAAUGUGAUUCCCUCACUCCAUGAUCCAGCUAUAGACAUUUUACAGAAAAUGCUGACUUAUCAGCCAGAUUCAAGAAUCUCUGCCAAGUUAGCAAUGRGCCAUGAAUUUUUCAAAGAUGUACAAAGAAAUAUUAUUUUGCCUUCAUAACUUUUAUAAAACCAUUGAAGACAAAGGGCAUUCAAGAUGCGUAAAUGUGCAUACAAUAUGUUUGAACAUAUUCCAGUUUGUAAAAGGAUGCAAGCUUUCAAUCCAGGUAUACAGAUUUUCAAGACAUCCUCUUGAAACAAUGAUUCAUUGAAAACACCAAAGGCAGGGCCCAAAAUAACAGCCACACAUCAGACAACAUCUGCCCAGAAUUGGAACUUGUCCACUCCGCUCAAAUCUUUGCCUUGCUGGUUAUUUUGACCAACAAUGUUGAGCCAGAAACGAGGUACAAGUAAGCUAAAACUAAUUUGGUGGGUCAUCAUGACAAGAGACUUACCAGCUGUUAUUCUAAGCCCUGAAGGAACAACAUAAAUGACCUUGCAGAGUAUUCAGAAACAGGUAGAAGCAGAGCCCAUAAUCAGCAUGUAUAAGGCUCUUAUCAAGACUAAAGUCUGUUUAUAAAUCCAAAAAUUAUUUAUUAUAAAAUGUUUUCAUAUUUUUGUCUAAUAAUUGAAAGCAUCGUAUUGUAUAGAAAAUUUCAGGGUUUUAUAGUUCCCUCAUUAGACUUGUAACACAUUAAGUGUAAAGAAUUUAUUGUACAUAAUUGUAUGAGAUUCAUAUGACUUCAGUUACAGACCUAUGURCAAAAGUCUGACUUGUGAUACUUUUAUGCAAGGGCUUUUCUACAUUAAGCAAACUGGAUGGUUUUGUCAAAUACAUGUAAAUCAUGUARAAUCUUAUUUGGUCUUAGAACAUUUCAAUACCUUCAGAAAUCAUUCUCAAGUAGGAUAAUGAUCCAUGCGUAAUAAGUAAAUUACGAGCCUUACUGCCACAUCUAUCUAGGAUAAUGAUCCCUGAAGGUAUCGAAAUGGUGAGAGCCACUUUUGUCAGGAAAAUGCCAGUGCAUAGAAAUAUGCAAAUACAUUAAAUAAUGUGGUCAUACUUUUGUGYGUUGCACUGURAAUUAUACCAUUACUAUUUCACUUGAUUUUUGCCUGGGAGGCUCCUCUUCUAAGAGUGUUAGGGAUGCUUGCUUGUAAGUGAAAAACAUACAGACCUYAAAAAUACUUUUCUCUGAAAGUGACUCUUACAGACUCCUAAACAAUAAUCAAAGCAGAUGACUUGGAAUGCUUUAAAUUUAAUAGUGGUGCUCAUAUGCAUUAAAUUUAUUCUUUAGCGCACUAAAAUACCAAAUAGCAAAUCUACAUUUCACUAUCAAAGUAAAAAAUGUAAAAGUCUUUAACUAGAAGAUACAAGGAUCGUCCCUAAUACUUUUAGACUGGCGUUCUCMGUGGAUUUUGUUUGCCACUAAUUUGGUACUUGAUCACUCAGAAAUUAUCAAUACUAUUGAUGUAGAUUUUCAUCUUACCAUUGAUUGAUGAUAAAGGCACAUGACAUCAAAACAGCUGCCAUCACAUAAAUCAAAAUUUAAUGCACUUUAAUGUAGCAUUUAUUAUUAAUUCAAUAUAAAAGUGAGGUUUUACUAGAAUUUUGACCUACAAUUAUCUAUUAUCCAUAAUGUUGUCUAAAGAAUAUUUUUGCUAAUUACAACUUGAAGAUUAUGAAAGUAUUUUUAAAUUAAAAUAAAAGAGAUUGCAACUUGUGCGUAU